AAGUCUUUAGUGAAAAUGUUUUUCUACAUCCUCAUCUUUCUGGCCAUCUUCUAUUUGUGGUGGAGAUGGAGGGCACAAGAUGGGCAGAAAAUUAGAGAUCUCACAGACAAAUAUAUAUUCAUCACUGGAUGUGACUCAGGAUUUGGAAAUCUGGCGGCAAGGACUUUUGACAAGAAAGGAUUUCGAGUUCUUGCCAGUUGUCUGACUGAAGUGGGAGCAGUGGAGCUAAAAGCAGCAACCUCAGAGCAGCUCCAAACAGUGCUGCUGGAUGUGACAGAUCCAGACAAUGUUAGGAAGGUGGCAGAGUGGAUUAAAGCUGAAGUGGGUUCAGCAGGUCUGUGGGGGCUGGUCAACAAUGCGGGGAUUAUGGGACCAUCAGCGCCGACAGAUUGGUUGAAUAUUGAGCACUUCAGAGCACCAAUUGAAAUUAAUUUAAUUGGCCUCAUAAAUGUUACAUUACAUUUGCUUCCCUUGGUAAAAAAGGCCAGAGGGAGACUAGUAAAUAUAUCCAGCACUGGAGGCCGCCUGGCAGUCUGGGGGGGUGGCUAUUGUCCUUCCAAGUUUGGGGUGGAAGCAUUUAAUGACAGUUUAAGACGGGACAUGAAAGCUUUCGGAGUUAAGGUUUCUUGCAUUGAACCUGGGCUGUUCAAAACUGGACUAUCCAAUCGAAAAAAGAUCAUCGAAGAAAGGGAGGCCAUUUGGAAUCAACUUCCUCCUGCCAUUAGAAAACAAUACGGAGAGGGGUAUGUACAGAAAGAUGCAGCAAGGAAAGAAAAGCUGGUUCAGAUGCUUCAGAACACAAACCUCUCACUGGUUGUGCAAUGUAUGGAGCAUGCUCUAACAAGCAUUAAUCCUCACUCACAUUACACUGCAGGCUGGGAUGCUAAGCUUCUUUGGAUCCCCCUUUCAAGCAUGCCUGCAGCAAUACAGGACUUUGUACUCCUGAGAAACAAAACAGAGCUUGCGGACCCAACUGCAGGGUGAAUUCUCCUCCUCUAUUUACACUUUCCCAUUCAAAUGGGGAUGGCCCAGCUGUCUGAGU